AUGUCAGAAGAAACAAUUAUGUCCAUAAAUGAUCAGGCAAUUAAAAUUGAACCAUCAGAAUAUUCAGUAGAAGAUAUUAAACCCGAAGUUGAGGAUGAAUUUAAUGUUCUUGAUGAUAUUGUUAAAUCUGAAUCGUGUACUGAGGAUUAUGAAACUUGUUUAGAAAGGUUUAUGAAUUCCGAGGUGACUAUAAAAGAAGAAGUUAAACAGGAAUUAUUCGAGACAUCAGCUUAUAAAUGUGACAUUUGUAAUCGAUCAUUUGCCGAAUCACACCAAUUAGAAGAGCAUGUGGUCGAUCACAUUCCUAGUAAUAGCAAAGAAAGCCGAUUCGAAUGCAAAAUCUGUAAUAACACUUACGAACUAUCAGAAGGGUUAAAAUCACACAUGAAUACACAUUCUGAAGUCCAUCUUUUUCAAUGCAAAAUUUGCAGUCAUACAUUCAAAAAAUUGGACACUUUGAAAAGUCACAUGUUUAUUCACAGUGCAAAGAGUUUCCAUGAAUGCAAUAUAUGCAAUAAGACAUUCAAACAAAAAUGUGAUCUGAAAAGACACAUGCUCAUUCACAGUGGUGAGCGUGCCCAUGAAUGCAGUAUUUGCAAUAAGGCAUUUACACAAAAUUGUAAUCUGAAAAAACACAUGCUCAUUCACAGUGCGAAGAGUUUCCAUGAAUGCAGUAUAUGCAAUAAGACUUUCACCCGGUUAGAUAAUUUGAAAAAUCACUUGUUCACUCACAGUGAUGAGCGCCCCCAUGAAUGCAACAUAUGCAAUAAGACAUUCUCACAGAAAAGUUAUCUGAUAAGACACAUGCUCAUUCACAGUGGUGAGCACCACCAUGAAUGCAUUAUAUGCAAUAAGACAUUCAAACAAAAACGGAAUCUGAUAAGACACAUGCUCAUUCACAGUGGUGAGCGCCCCCAUGAAUGCAACAUAUGCCAUAAGACAUUCACACAAAUAGGUAGUUUGAAAAUUCACAUGCUAAUUCAUAGUGGUGAGAGCCCCCAUGAAUGCAUUAUAUGCAAUAAGACAUUCAAACAAAAAUGUGAUUUGAAAAGACACAUGGUCAUUCACAGUGGUAAGCACCCCCACCAAUGCAUUAUAUGCAAUAAGACAUUCAAACAAAAAUGUGAUCUGAAAAGACACAUGGUCAUUCACAGUGGUAAGCACCCCCAUGAAUGCAUUACAUGCAAUAAGACAUUCAAAAAAAAAUGGAAUCUGAUGAGACACAUGAUCAUUCACAGUGGUGAGCGCCCCCAUGAA